CUUCCGCGUCUGCGUCCUCUCUCACCCGCCUCCGCUACGUUUCCAAGGUUUCCCCGUGCUCGAGAGGGAGAGCAAUGGCGGCGAAGAAGGCUAGGGUUGGGAGCCGCAACCCCGAUCUCGUCCGCGGGAUCGGCAAGUUCUCGAGGUCGAAGAUGUACCACAAGCGCGGGAUCUGGGCCAUCAAGGCCAAGCACGGCGGCGCCUUCCCCCGCCACGAGCCCAAGGCGGCGCCGGCCACGGCGGAGGUGAAGCCCCCCAAGUUCUACCCCGCCGACGACGUUAAGAAGCCCCUCGCCAACCGUAGAAAGCCCAAGCCCACCAAGCUCAGGGCGAGCAUUACCCCGGGGACAGUGUUGAUUUUGCUUGCGGGGAGGUUUAUGGGAAAGAGGGUCGUCUUCUUGAAGCAGCUUCCAUCGGGAUUGCUUCUCGUUACUGGGCCAUUCAAAGUCAAUGGUGUUCCUCUCCGCCGCGUGAACCAGGCUUAUGUUAUCGGGACAUCCACGAAGGUUGAUAUUUCUGGCGUCGAUGUUGCGAAGUUUGAUGACAAAUACUUCGCCAAGGAGAAAAAGAAGAAGACCAAGAAGACCGAGGGCGAAUUUUUUGAGACAGAGAAAGAGGAAACCAAGUCGCUUCCUCAGGAGAAGAAAGAUGACCAGAAGACUGUGGAUGCCCAGUUGAUCAAGGCCGUUGAAGCUGUCCCUGACUUGAAAGCCUACUUAUCUGCUAGGUUCUCUCUCAGGUCAGGCAUGAAACCCCAUGAGCUUGUCUUCUAGAAUCUGAUCUAUUUGCUCUCUCUGGAGUUUGCUGGAGCUUUACUCUAGGUGAUUUAAUUUCAAUUUUGAAAUUUGAGUAGGUGAACAUUCUCUCUCUCUCUCUCUCUCUCUCUCUCUCUCUCUCUCUCUGUGUGCACUUGUUAAAUCAGGGAUGAAGUUCAUAUACUUAAAUUUUAUUUGGUGGUUCUGCUAUCUAGUAAAAGAACGAACUGGUUCGGUUUUCCUGCGUCCUAAGUUGUUGUGAUUGGUGGAGCAGUCUUUUUUUGGCAUUAGUUUGAGAGCACGUGGUAAUUUGUCUGA